AUGGGAAAUUCUCAUGCCGCAAGAAAAUGCAUUUCUGAAGAAAUCGCUGAGUAUCUGGAGACAGCAAAGCGCAACUACUUAGAAAACUAUGAACAUCCUGUUAAAAAACCAGCGUCUUUAGAUGAAUUUAAACAACUGCGAACCUUGGGCACAGGAUCUUUUGGUCGUGUUAUGCUUGUACAGCAUAAAAAGACAUCCAACUUUUUCGCGUUAAAAAUCCUUGACAAAGCAAAAAUAAUAAAACUUAAACAAGUUCAACACACACUUAAUGAGAAGAGGAUUUUACAAGCCAUCGAUUUUCCUUUUCUGAUUCGGCUGGAAUAUAGUUUCAAGAAUGAAGUUUACUUGUUUCUAGGACUGGAAUACGUCUCUGGAGGUGAAAUGUUUUCUUAUCUGCGAAGAAAGGGCCGAUUUAGUGAGUCUGCAGCGCGUUUUUACGCAAGCCAGGUCAUAUUAGCUCUCGAAUACUUGCACUACCUUGACCUAAUAUAUCGAGAUCUGAAACCAGAAAAUAUACUUUUGGACCCAGUUGGAUAUAUAAAGAUUGCUGACUUUGGCUUUGUUAAACACGUGAAAUAUCGAACAUACACACUGUGUGGUACUCCUGAAUAUUUAGCUCCAGAAAUUAUUCAAAGUAAAGGUUAUACAAAAGCUGUCGACUGGUGGGCAACUGGUGUAUUAAUUUAUGAAAUGGUCGCUGGUCAUCCACCGUUUUUUGCAGAUGAACCAAUAGAAAUUUAUGAACGUAUAGUUAUCGGGAAAUAUAAAUUUCCUUCCCACUUCAGUUCAGAUUUGAAAGAUCUUUUGCGUAAUUUGAUUCAAUCUGAUUUAACACGACGAUUUGGUAAUUUGAGAAAUGGUGUUCAAGAUAUUAAAUCUCAUAAAUGGUUUUCACAUUUGGACUGGUUAAUGAUUUUCAAAAAAGAGGUAACAGCUCCUCUGAUACCCAGUUGUAAAGGACCUGGUGAUGCAACAAAUUUUGAAAGAUAUCGAGAAGAACCAUUGAAAAAAAGUAAAAUUAAUAAAUUCGAAGCAGAAUUUGCUGAUUUUUAA